AUGGUGUUUGUUGAGAAUGUUUUGCUCAAUAAUAACAAUAUUAUGUGUUUUAUUAUUGUGCUGAUAAUAAAAAACUCAACGUGGAUUUGAUUGAAGCAAUGUCAAGACGAAAACAAGCGCAUCCUGUGCGUCUAUUAGAGGACGAAGAGGAAGAAGGUGAUACAGGAUCUACAACAUUGGCUUCGACAACAACAACAACAACAAUAACAACAACUAAUUUAGUGACAGACAUUAUAACCGAUGAAAAUAAUGUGUCAUCAUUAACACCUCCUCCACCAACAUCAGCAUUAACAGAACAUCACGAUGAUCCAAGUCAAUUUUCAACAUUAGAACAAAAUUGUGAAAAUUCAAAUUCAUCAGAAGAAGAAAUUGUUAGCGGAGCAUCCGGUAGUUUACCACCAGAAACACAUAUGUGCCCAAGAUGUCAUGAACAAUUCACAGAAAUGCCGGAGUUUUUAGCACAUCGAGCAAUAUGUGAUAGUAAAGCACGACGACAUCAUGAACCAGCACAUUCUGAUCCAGAAGAUAUGGUUGUGUCUGGUGAUGAGGAUCAAGAUGAAGAAGAUUUAAGUAGUAACGGUGGUGGUAGUGGUAGUCAAAAAAGACUCGAAGAAGUUCGUCGACAUCGACAAGAUGCGGCGAACAAUAAUAACAGUAUUGAGGAUGGUGAAGAAGACGAAGGAAAUGAUAUGAGAGGGCCAUUAUUGCCACCAUUUCCUGUACCAGCUGCAACUGCUGGGCAUGUCACUUUAGAGGCAUUACAAAAUACCAAAGUAGCCGUAGCACAAUUUGCUGCAACAGCAUUAGCUAAUAACGCAGAUAAUGAAGCAGCAUUACAAGAACUUGCUGUAUUGCAAUCAACGCUAUUUACGCUUCAACAUCAGCAAGUUUUUCAAUUACAAUUAAUCAACCAAUUACAACAGCAAUUAUCAAUAAAUAGACCAAAAGAAAGUGGCCGAACAUCACCAUCUCCACCUUUGAUUCCUGGUGGUAUUUCUGGAAGCACUAGUUGUACUACAGUUGAAAAUCUAACAACAACGCCACAAAUACAUCCGCCAAAUACAACUACACCACUUCCAAUUACAAUUCCACAACAUCCUCCAAUAACGUUGACACCACCAAUAAGGCCACCAACACAAUUGCGAUUAUCAACAUCAUCAUCAUCGCCGCCAUUAUUAAGACAAACAACAACAACACCUCCAUUGGUUCCAGUUAUUCCUUUAGUAACACCAACAAGUCAAAAUAUACCAGCAACACAUACACAAAUUCCCAGGCCUGCUGAUUUAUCUACUAUACCACAAACGACGUCCACAUUAUCUCCAACAGUAGUCACAACUACUUCUGCUCCAGUUACUACGGCCAUAACAUCAUCGUCAUCUCCUUCAACAUCAGCAACACCUCCUCCAUUGUCAUCGUUAGCACAAGUUCCUCUCGUCGCUACACAACCACCACUUUGUUCGAUAUCGUCUUCAUUGGCAUCUACAAUAAUCACAAAUAAUGAUCCACCUCCAUCUCUAGAUGAACCAAAUACUCUUGAAAUGUUGCAACGUCGUGCACAAGAAGUACUAGAUAAUGCCAGUCAAGGUUUAUUGGCCAGUAAUUUAGCCGAUGAAUUAGCAUUUCGCAAAGGAAAAGGUUCAAUGUCGCCUUAUGAUGGCAAAUCUGGAAGAAAUGAGCCAUUUUUCAAACAUCGAUGUAGAUAUUGUGGUAAAGUUUUUGGAUCUGAUUCUGCAUUACAAAUACACAUCCGAUCCCAUACAGGUGAACGUCCAUUUAAGUGUAAUGUGUGUGGAAGUCGGUUUACAACCAAAGGCAAUCUCAAAGUACAUUUCCAAAGGCAUACUGCAAAAUUUCCACAUAUUAAAAUGAAUCCAAACCCAGUUCCAGAACAUUUAGAUAAAUAUCAUCCGCCAUUGUUAGCACAAUUGGGACAAAACCGCCCUGUAUCGCCAGGAAUGCCUCCACAUCCUCCACCACACCCACUUCAAUUUCCUGGAGCGCAUCAUCCUUUUCCAUUAUAUCGACCACCAUCUGGCCCACUUGAUUUACUUCCACCACGACCGUUACCAUCACCACAAAGACCUCCAAUUGACGGUCCUAUAAGAGCAUUACCACCGCAUCCAAUAUUUAUUCCAAGACGAGAUGAACAAGAAGUACCAGAAAAUUUAAGUAAACCACCACGAACUCCAUCUCCUACACCAAGUAGAGAUAUGCCGGAACCGCGAUGUAAAAGUGAACCUAUAGACGAUAUGAUUCCACGUCCACCGUCUCGGCGAAAUAGUGAAGCUCAUUCUGAAGAUAAUACAAUCAUGCCAAAGCAAGAACCCGAAGAGACUGAUGAACACGAGCAACCUGAAAAUGAAAUUAAUCAGGAGAGACAAUUUCAAUCUCCAACACCAACGUAUGAUGAAUGUAGCAUGGAAAGUAAAUACAGUAACGAGGAGAUGAUGGAUCACGAAGAUCAAGAUCAAGAUUUGAGUCCAAUGGAACCAAUGGAACACGAUCAACAUGAUUUACAAGAUCAACCAGAAAAUUUAUCGAGUAAGAGUCAAUCCAUAACGACACCAUUAUCAAUAUCAACAGGACAGCGAAUGCCCGCUUCCUUUCCCUUUUCACAUACAACUUCGUCACCGCCAUCCAGUACUUCCUCUGGAAGUUUAGGUCCAUUCCCCAUUCCGCCGCCCGGUUCAGAUCCCGCCAGGGACCCUGCCGUCUAUACAAAUAUGUUACCAAGACCAGGUAGCAAUGAUAAUUCAUGGGAAAGUUUAAUUGAAGUAACAAAAACAUCAGAAACUAGUAAAUUACAACAACUUGUCGACAACAUAGAACAUAAGUUAACAGAUCCAAAUCAAUGCGUUAUAUGUCAUCGAGUUUUAUCAUGUAAGAGCGCAUUACAAAUGCAUUACAGAACUCAUACCGGUGAAAGGCCGUUUAAAUGUAAAAUAUGUGGCAGGGCAUUUACAACUAAAGGUAAUUUAAAAACACAUAUGGGAGUGCAUCGUGCGAAGCCACCAAUGCGUGUACUACAUCAAUGCCCUGUCUGUCAUAAAAAGUUCACAAAUGCACUCGUACUCCAACAGCAUAUUCGACUACACACGGGUGAACCCACCGACUUAACACCAGAACAAAUACAAGCCGCCGAAAUUAAAGACUUUCCUUCACCGGGUGGAUUUCCAUUACCAAAUUCCAUGAAUCCAUUCUUGAAUCAAGGCUUCCCACCUAUUCCUGGUCUAUCUCCUUUAGGUCCUCCUGGAUAUCCUCCAAUGGGUUAUAAACCUGGUGAGUUUGAUCAUGAUGAAGAUUUUAUGGAGGAAGACGAGGAUUUAGAUGAUAUAGAUAAUGAGUCGAAUGCAACGACUGAUCAAAAUAUAACACCAACAUUUUCUACAUCGUUAGCCGCACUUGAAAAUCAGGUGCGAACAAUUACUACGAUGGCAUCACAGCUAUCGGCAUCCGGUUUAAAUAGAUCAAUUGAUGAUCUAUGUAGCAAUAACAACUCUCGUUUAUUAACAUCCACGCCAAAUCAACAAAAUGGUGAUAAAUCCCCCGAAGGGUCUGGAAGAGUAAGUCCAAAUGACUCUGAUGUACGUCCGCCAUCAUCACAACGUGUUGGAAGUCCAAAUACAGAAGAAGAAUCAAAUUCCUCACUAGGUGGUGGUGGCGCAUUGGAUUUAACACCAAGAUCAUCGCAACAUUCUAUAGCACAUCAACAUCUAUCCAUAUUACAGCAUCCAAUGCAAAGUCCAUCACCAAGUCCAGGAACGACUCCUGGACCACCGGGAGCACAUCCUCCGUCAGGAGUAUUCUCUAAUUUUGGAUUAUUACCACAAGUACCAACAUCAGGGCCUCCAUUAAUGACUUCGGCAUUAUCAUCCUUAACGUCAUCUGUAUUAACGUCGACGGCAUUUAGUCCACUUGGAUUGGCAGUGGGUCCCGCAGUGAGAGGAAAUACAACUUGCAACAUCUGUUUCAAGACAUUCGCGUGCAAUUCUGCGUUAGAGAUUCAUUAUCGAAGUCACACUAAAGAAAGGCCAUUUAAAUGUUCCGUCUGCGAUCGUGGAUUCUCUACCAAGGCGAAAAGUGAGGAAUGUCUAUGUUCAAGCGGACAGCAGGGGCGUAUCCAGGACGCCGGGGGCCCACAGAAAUCAAAGAGAAAACGUCCAAACGAACGUAAGACCACACCAACACCAAGUGCAACACCUAGAUGGCCCCCAAUGUUACAUCCCAGUUCUGGAUACGCUUCUGCCUCCGAAUGGAUAAGACCCUUUCUGUUGGGAAACAUGAAACAGCACAUGCUGACACAUAAAAUACGAGAUAUGCCACAACAUAUGUUUGAUAAACCUCCAGGUGCACCUGGUGGUCCCUCUUUAACACCACAAUCAUCGAUAUUACCUCCACCAAAUUCCAUUAAAGAAGACUCACGUAAUUCUCACGGCAGUAUCAUAAAUAUACCGGAGAGACCAGAACGCCCAGAAAAUUUUAACUCCUGUUCGAGUGAACCACCUACACAAAUAUUAGAACGAGAAAGGGAACGAGAGCGUGAACGAGAACGAGAGCGAGAACGCGAAAGAGAACGGGAACGUGAUCGUGACCGUGAUCGUGAACGUGAACGUGAUCUUUUGCCACCAAUUCAAACACAAUUACUUCCUCCGGAAAUGCCUAUAAAAGCGGAAAUGAGUUUAAUGAAAAGAUCACCUCCAGAAGCGGAAUUGCCAUUGCCAAAACGGCCUCCAAACCUAUCAACAACACCACCAUCUUCCGGCAUUGCGUUGCUGAGAGAGUGCGUGCGUUUCGCAGGCGGUGGUGUAUCGCCAAUAAUGCAACAGCAACAACAAGCUGCCGCAGCCGCCCAAGCACAAAAUCAAGCAUCAAAUCAAUCACCUGGAAGUCAAGGAAAUCAACAAAAUACAAAACAUUUAUGCCAUGUUUGUAAUAAAAACUUUUCAUCAAGCUCCGCACUACAAAUACAUAUGAGAACGCAUACAGGCGACAAGCCAUUUCGAUGUAACGUUUGCCAAAAAGCCUUUACAACGAAAGGAAACUUAAAGGUUCACAUGGGGACUCAUAUGUGGAGCAACGGAGCAUCCAGGCGCGGACGCCGCAUGUCUCUCGAUCUUCCACCCAUUCCCAUGACACCCAAGGAUUCCGAAUUUCUACAGCGGAGACCAGACCUCUUCUACCCGUACCUCCCGGCUCCAUUCCUUAAUGGAAUGCAACAAAAGAAUCCAGGUAACGGACUUCCUUCACCAGGAAAAUAUGCCAGUUUAUUGGGUUUCGGCUAUCCACCAGUCUCAGAACCAUUACGGUCUCAACCAAGCUCGCCUUUAUCAGAUAAACCACCAUCGAGUGUAGCCAGCUCACCGCCUCGUGAGAAUAGUGAUCUAAAUCGACCACCAAGAGAUGUUUUACCUCGAGUUUGGGAUCUGCAUUAUGAAAGGCAAGCAACGACAGAAGAAGAACCUGUGUCUCCAUCAAAUGGUACCAUAAAUGUGCCAACACCAAAUUUAAAUUCACAAUUAGGUGUGCCCUCAUCUACGCGUGGUGAAGGUUUAGCCGCAUGAGACAGAUCUAAAUUAUUUUCAACUACCUUUUAUACAUAUCCUCAAAAUUGAAAAUAUCCGUCAAAAUUGUAUUAUAUUAAAAUUAAGUGUUCCCAACAUGUUUAAGUGGUUUAUAACACGAAUGUGUUUUCAGUACUUUUUUUCGGAUUAUAAUCCACUGGAAAUUGUGGUACACAGUGUAAUUAGAUUUAAUGGACAAGCAAGGCUGGAAUGUUCCUAAAAUGAAACUAGUCUAAUACGAUUUAGCAAAAAAAAUAAAUAAAAUAGAACAGUGGUGCGAGAAGAUACACAAUACCGUGUAGUGGAUUGAUAAAUAAGUGGAUCUUGUGAUCGAUUUAUCCAUAAUUCAAACUUUUCUGUGUGUCUCAACUAGAAUAAAAGUGUACUAUAUUAUUAUGUAUUUACAAAAUAUUAAUUAUAUUGUGCGAAAGAUGUCGGGCAGGGGCAAUGCAUUCUCUGUGAUACUUAUUACAUCAGUAGCGCGACAUUCGAGCCAAAUGGCAGAGACGUUACUCAAAUUAUAUUCAUCUUGCCAUUUUUAAGAAAAAAAAAUAUCAUAAGCAUUAGAAUUCUUUUUUUAUUAUUGUACUAACUGAUAAUGCUUAUUUUAUUAAAAAAAACGUCUUCAAUGAAACCGGAUCUGGUUGCCA